CUAUUCGUGACGUCACGUACAAGUAUUAGUAUCCCUUUCAACAUGUGGUACGAAAAUAGAACAGUAUUUCCCAAAAGAAUGUUGGAAUUUGUCGUGUUUCGUCUCGGAGAACAGCAGAUGUAAGUCUGUGUUGACAUAAUAUGUGUUUUAUAAUGAAUAUCAACGACAUUUGUGGACAAAAAAGAAUUCAGAAAGUAGAAAGGUCAAGAUGAACAUGUUGAAGAAGUGAAAGUAAAAAGUAAUAAAACCAAUACAAUAAUGAAAUCCAACACCAUGUUUCGAGACCAAGUGAACUCAUUGAACAGUUGGUUUGAGAGAUGGAACGGCUGCGAAAAAACUGUGGUCGUGUAUGGUCUGUUAAAACACCUGAAUGCCACGCAGAUCAAAUUCCUGGGUCAAGUUUUACAACAGAAAGACUGCUCGGAAGUAGAGGGCCUGGAAGCUGAGGCCAAUAAUCCAGCAUAUAUUCAUCAACUACGAACUGAGCCACAGGAAAAAGCUGUUCAAAAACUGUUAGCCCACUUUCCACUGCUGAAAGUGGGUAAUGACAAAGCCAAAACGGAGUAUUUAGCUCUUAUCCCUCAGAUACUGACAUACUCCAAUGAAAAUGGUGCCUACGUGGAAGAGAGUCGACAGUUACUGUCGUUCUCAGUCAUUCACCCUGCACUCACUAGUGAGGAGCAUACACACUUUAACUGGUGGAUUUCUCACUUAAAUGAGCGUUUUACUUCCAAUUUCACCUCUCCACAGCAACAACCGUCUCAUAUCAUAAACCACACAGGAGAUCAUCCAGAGUUCACGCAGUGCGUUCCCAGACAUAUAGGGAGUGCCCGUAUGAAUGGCGGCUCGUUCCCCUACCACAGAGAUCACGCGCUAGAGGACACUGCUUCACAGAAUAACCUGAUGAUGUCAGCAGAGAAUCUGCCAACCCUUUUCAAAAACCAGAAUACCAUUAGCUCCACCCACAACCAUCAUGGCCACCCUCCACUAACGACCACUCUCUCCGCCCCUGCCACGGUCAAUGUGAUUGUUUCAUCAGCUCAGCUCAUCCACUCUCACAACAAUCAAGAGAAUGUCAACCCAGUGAACCCGCACAACAAGUUGUGUCGUAAGCCUUCCUUACACCCCCAUCCCAUCUCCAUGACUUCCAGCAUAAACCAUGUGAGUGACUGGUUACAGAGAAGCGACGGGGAAGUGCCUUAUAACCGGGGACGAUCUCAAUCAAUCACCUUCGAGCAGGUGCAGUCAGGACACCCUCCUCUCUCCCCGCAGAGCAGUAUUACGUCGUCGGGGAGUAGUGAUACUCACCAUGAUAUGGAGUCCGUGAAGAACUCUUUCCUGGAGGAGGGAAGCGGAAUGAGAGAUGUACCAACCUGGCUGAAGAGUCUAAGGCUGCAUAAAUACGCUUACCUGUUCCAGCAGAUGACUUACGAAGAAAUGUUAAAUGUUUCUGAGGGAUGGCUUGAAACACAGAAUGUAACAAAAGGUGCUCGCCAUAAGAUUGUAUUAAGUAUUGGAAAACUAAAAGAGAGACAAGAGUUAUUGAAGUCUAUGGAGAAGGAUAUUGUUGAUGGUGGGUCAACUUCCACCAUUAAAUGUGUGCUAUCAGAAAUAAAAGUUAUGCUGAAUACACCACUGAAGGCCUUCUCCUCUGGCGACUCCCAGGUGCCCUCCUCCCCACCCCCCUCUCCCGUGUCUGACAGCGACAGCUAUUCCAUCCCAGAGGGAGAUGUACCGGGACAGUUCACACGUGUCAUGUGGAAAGCGUGCACACAGUUACUAGUGACAACUCCGUAUGAUGAUGAAUGCUUUAACCUGUUCAUUCAAGUUGUAGACAAGUGCUUAAACCAUGAGGCGUUCUCGCAACGUCAGAGGAAGAGAUUAGCAACAUGGAAACACGAAACUCAGAGAAACUGGCAACCCAAAUACACCAUGGACAAAAGGAAACCAGGAUUUAUAGGAAGACCAUUUUGGAACAAUGCCAUGGGAAUGCAGAGACCUUUAAGGUUACAAAAGUCUGGUCCCCAAUGGAGCUUUGGAACAAAGAGAUCAAUUGUCGGGGGUACAAAUACUGCUCAUGCCCCUCUGACGAGAAACAGCUCUCUCAAUUCAUCCAUGUUCUCACGCCCUGGGCCUCUAGAGACUCAGAAACCACCGGUGACCAGAACUCACUCCGCCCCCCUCAGAUCUCCACAUCAUUUUGGUCUCAAUUUUAAUGGUUGUGAUCAGAUUGUUGGAGAUAAUCUAGAGAACUACGCUCAGCUGGACUCUCUUUGCCUCAGUGUUACGGAGCAUGCAUUGGGCAGCAGUCUGGAGACAAGUGAAAAAGGAACACCAUACUAGGAGGAGCCUCUCACUUGGUUCUCAGCUAAUUUGGUUCCCAGCCACGGUUCAUCUGGUUCCUGUUCAGUUGAUUUUCAGCCACAGUUCAGAUUUGUGUCAAAAUUCCUAAAUUUUCUCAUGUGAUGAGACAAUAUACAAGUAUACCACAAUGCCAUUAUGUCACUAUGUUUCAUUAACAGUAUGUACAUGUAGUACUGCACGGACAUGCUGCACAGCCACCAUACUGUAAAAUUUUUAAUAGGUGUUCACUGUCUACCGGAAGUAUUAUAAGUAUGUAUAUUAUUUAUUGACAGUACUGAUAUAUCUGUGUUCUUUGUUUACAUCCACUGGAUACAUGUGUAUAAAAUUGUACAGCACUAAAACCACUUUCCCUCCAUGGCUUAGAAUGACACCUUUCUGUGAAGAUACUUUCCCAACAAGUCAUCGUGAGGUUCAAAAAACCAAAACAACUAUUCUAUUAAAAAGUACUUGUCAAUAUUUUAUGGCACCUUGUAAUAUAGUUACUGUCGGAUAAGUUUGUUGAAUAAUUAUAAUGUUCAAGUUAUCAUUGUUGAAGUUUACAAAUUGUGUUACAUAUUGUCUACAAAGUGUUCUAUUGAAGUUAGGAAUUUUUUUUUUAAACUUUGAAAUCCAGUUGUUGUUUUUUCCCCCCAGUUUUAUCACUGGUAGCCUGUCAGUAACACUGAUGACUCCAGUUUGAGUAUGGUACAUAAUGUCAGACAUUUUCUGCAUCAUUUACAAUUCUAGAAAAUAUCAAAUUUACAUAGUUUUACAAAGCAUUACGUGAAUUAGCUUCUACCCUUUUAUACAAAUUUAGUUAUCUCGCGAACAGUUUCUCUGAAAGAAGAUUUAUUAGCAGACAAGUUUUUAUUGGUAAUCAAUUUGAAUAAAGAAUUGAACACAAUUUACGGUUAGAAGUAACUUUGCAUUGGUACAUGUAUGCCCACUCGGAUUGUUUACAUAUUUGUAUAAAUUGAUUGUAAAUUUUCUCGAUUAUGUAUUAACAAAGAUUUAACGUGAGCACUGUGAUAUGUAAAGUAUCUUUGUAUCUCAUUACAACAGGAUUGCUUUUCUUUCCCUUUUCAAAAUAUGGGACCAAAAUCUGUGCUAAAUGUCUGAAGCUUUCAACCCUAGCUGUAGAUGUCGUGUAAGCAAGUAACAAGAGGAAAAGUAAACGAAAAUCAAAUAGUAUUUAUGUAGCUAUAGUAACCAGGAUUUACACCGUACAUGUGUUGAUUGAUUUCACAGAGUGACCUGUUAUUAAUGUAUAUGUUUGUUGUCUAUAUUUCUCGUCGAUUACUGCUGGUACAGUGAUAACUGAAUAGUGUAAAUAGAAUGAAAAUAUACAUUUGCAUGCUAUGUAUACAACAAAUCGUGGUCCAUCUAUAUUGCUCUCAUUCAUAAACUUCACAUUAUGUCAUAAAAUUUCAUUCAUCUGGUUUUUGAUAUUUGUAUACAAAAUUUGUAAAAUCAUAAACGAUUUUCUAUGAAGGAAUUGUGAGCGGCAAAGAUUGGGGGAUAGGUCAGAUAGAUGACAGUUUAUAGGAAUCAGAUGUGGUGACAGUUUGUAUUUUAUUAUGAAUGUGAGCAAUUAAUGGUGGUCAUAAUUAGGAAAUAUUUCAUGAAAUGAAAUAAAAACUUGGAUCAAUUCGAUAUUUUUACUAGUCAGAUGUGAACAUCAUGCCAUAUACCAUAUUUAAGGUACAACCUAACGUUAUAGAGUUUAAUUUUCAUAUACUCAAUUCAAACCAGAAAUUUUGUACUCCAAAAAUUGUUGUACAUGUUUUUCAGUGGAAAAUUUGAACAAAAAUUUUCUUUCAGUUUCAAACUUGCCAAAUAUUAUUGAGAGAAAGUAUGAAACUUUAUAUUAAAACAUUUUUUUUCUUCUUCAAAGUUUAUUAUUGCCUAAAAUCUUGAAUGUGUUGCAUGCAUUGUAGAUAAUAUUUACAGGAGUGUUUCAAAAUAUUUGGUCAUUUUAAUUAGAAUAGAAGACUAGUGAUGUUGAUGUCUCUGCAUCUAAAAUUAUGUAGAAAAAAUGUUGUUGAAAUCACAUAUACACUGUACAUGUAUAUAUUUUAUGUUACUAUGUAACAACCACAGGAAACCCGUCAUUAAACACUCUGGUUUGGAAGAGUGCAUGCGUGUAAUUUUAAGGAUCUUUUCAUCUUUAAUGCAGUAGGGAACAUACUUUUUAUCAUUAUUGUGAAAACUUGUAACACCUCAGGUGAGUGAUGAAUGUUUGAAUCUCAUUUUGUAAAAAAAAAAUGCAAGAUUUACAUGAAUUUUUUCGUCUUCAAAUCGGUAAAUUUUAACACUGAAAUGCCGUUUUUCAUGUAUUUUUGUAAAAUUUUCUAUGUCAGUGUUAAGAAAAUAAAAGAUACACCCCAGGAAAACUAUUUCUUGGAACAGUAAUUUUUUUCUCAUUUAUAUUGUUUAUAGUAAUGGAAAGGAAUGAUUUCUCAAUAUGUGCACAAUUGUGUUUCUUAACUGUGUGUCAUUUUCUGAUGAAAACAAGGGGAUUUUUCGGAGAUCAUAGGGAAUAUUGAUUUAUUGACAUAACAUUAAACCGGUUAUUAAUUCUCUACUGUUGAUUUUAAAAUCAUAACUCAUCGUGACUGUUGUAUUUUAUUAUUAUUUUUUUUUUUUACCAAAACUGCUGGACUUGUAAAUUCAUUGUUUUUCCCACGUUCAUUUCAUGUAUGUAUCAUGCAAUGCAACUUGAAAUUGGGAGAUUUUUGCACAAUCACAAAUUUGACAUAGGAUAUGUAGUACAAAUUGAUUAUACAUGUUAUGUAUUAGUAGUUUUUCCAUAAUGCCAAAUUGAAUGUCAAGAUUUCUUUUAUCCAUUUUGUAGAAGGGUAUGCUGCUUUUUUUAAAUUUCCUCACAAUGUAUAUUGUAUAAUACUGAAAAUCUUGGCGACUCACACCAAUACAGGGUAGUACAGAACUGAAAUUCUAAAAUUGAAUGUACAUGCAAUUUUCUUAGUGCUAUUAGAUUUUGUAAUUGUUUUGCUGCUUUUUAGCUGUGGAGUGAACAGGGCGCAUGUGUGUUUGUUAGAGAUACGAUUCUGAAAGCUCACUCUUAUGUUAUUGACUGACCUUCUGUUCACACACAAAACCGUAGGGUGUUAAAAGGCGUUCAAUUCAGUGAUUUGAAAGUCUUGAGUUACCUUGAUUAAUUCUGUUUGGACAUGAAUAUUUUAUUUUUGAGAGAUACCCCCACCCCCAAUGACCAUGUGAAAAAGCAAAUAAUAUUUGAGUAUGAUUUAGAAGUUUUCUUGUUGAUGAAGAAGUUUGACUGUUGGUGUCACUUUGACAUUUUAAUUUUUGAGUUGUGAGUUCCGAUGUUUCUUUUCAUGAUUUAAGUGUUAGAAUAUUUACAGUUAAUCAAUAAGUAUUGAUUAUUAUAAAUGGUAUGCAAUGUUUAGUGUUCUUGUUGCUUUGUAAACAAUUUUGUCACAUUUUCAAGAAAAUCAAAUAAAAUGGUUGUAAUAUGCCA